UUGCCAGUGUCCGCUAACAAUACCUAACGAAAGAAACGUUCAUGGAAAUCCAAUGACAAUAUUGAUUACAGCCAGUGGAAAAAUCAACGAGAAGUUCAUCGCAAAUAUCGAGAAUGCUCUACAAGAUUUCAUGAAUCCAACAGGUUGUACGCCACAAGUUACACUCUUUCUUGACGUUGAUUCCAUGAACGACUCCGAGGUAAAUGCAGUGGCUAAAGCCGUUGGUAACGGUAAGAUAGAAUAUCGAUUUGGUAUAUAUGGUAAAGCCGAUAAAGAUACAACAGAAGAUUGGCGUCGUGUCAUUAGUGAUAAUCGCCAUCGGCUCGAAGACCGACUUCAUGAAUACGACACAAUAAAUGCAAACGUCGAUACGUUUCGCGCCAAAGACUUUUUGUGGACCAAUCAUAUGUUUGCAGCUCUAGAUCAGUUGGACAUAAAAGAGGAUUUUUCUUACGUAACGGCUCAGCCACUCUGGCCUUUUACGUUCCCAUAUGGUAGCGCUUUGUGCGACAGCAAGGCAAGUCUUCAGAAUAACGGCAUGACGAGACUGUGUCCUGGAAGAUUUGACGAUUUAUGGGAGAUUCCUAACAACAUGCUAUUUGCAGAGUACAAUUCAGAAAUAUUUAAUUGCACAUGGUUGGGUGAUUGCCUAAACUUGUCCAGAUCGCAAAAUCAAACAUUAGUGGAUUUCCUUAAUACUAACUACAAAUUUCGAAGUGCUGCCAAUUCUUUCUUCCACAAUUACUGGCAGAGUCGAGAACCGUUUGUUCUCAACCUGGAAUCAGACUUCUUCGAAAAAGUUUUCGCAGUUUACAAGAAUGGUUCGGAUAGAGAAGUGCACAAAGCUCUAAGUAUGAUGUUCGCAUUGUUUGCUAAAGAAGACAGUUACUAUGUCUCUGCUUCUCAACUGGUACAUUGGAUGAAGAAUAAGCAACCGACCUUUGACGUUAUUAGCAGCAGUUUUUACGAAGGCAAGAUCUUCGAAUGCAAAAUGAAGUACUCGUCUUUCGAAUUAGCAGGCAUUUUGGUACCUUUUUCCUCAAUGUUGUUAUACCUCCUGGCGUUGUUAGUUGGCUUUGGCAUAGUAGCAUCUUAUAUUUUUAACCUGAAAGAGAAAUCUUUUACUUAUAAAACUUUUAUGUCAAUCGUUAUGUCAACAGAUUUUAAAGUCACUCUUAUGCCUAUUGGUUCUUGUUUGACAACAGAGAAAUUUCUGAGACAAAUUGACAAGCUACGUUCAAAACAAAGUAACAAGACAAUUCCGAAACAAAACACAGCGACAGCCGACAUCAGCCAGCCGAAAAAGACUCGGGUUUCAAUUAAAUAUCUAGUUGUACCACUAUUUGCUGUGCUAAAAUUUUUAUAUUGGACUGUGUUGUUUUACGGUCCAGCAAGGUUGUUAAGAAGCGUAGGGAAAGAUAAUGCAACAGAGACGAUUCAAGGAUAUCUAUUCUUUUAUCUAGAUGUAAUACAGACUGCUGCAGUUGCAAUUUUUUUUGGAGUGUCUGUGAUUGUCAGUUGUUGUAUCAUCUGCAGUUUAAGAAGAUUGAAGGAAACAAUCGACGAAUUGGAGGAAUCUAGUAACAAAAUGAAGACUGCUCUCUAUAAACCAAUGUCUGUAUUAAAACUGUGGGUCGGUCUUCUCGCCACUAUAAUAAUUGUCAUAAUAAUUGUUACUUAUGUCGUCAUACUUGGUAUCAGCAUUUCAAUGAGAUCAAACGUAGGUUGGUAUUCGACAUUUAAUAGCGAAACAGCUUGGAUGUACGCUUCGUUUUAUGCUCAAUUUUAUGUAAUGGCUGUGAUGACUGUGGUUUAUACGUAUUCUUUGGAAUUAUGGGCUCAAGCUGCUAUAAUUAUUUUCGAUGUGGAUGACACCAAAGCAUCAGCGAAGGAAGACAACGCAGAAGAGUCACUAUUAGGUACAUUGAAAUCUGAAUAUCGUAAAUCUUAUUCAGGCAGAAUGCUGUCGCCACUGCUACUUGCACCUGUCCAAGCAUUUUGUGGCAGUCGUCUUGUCACUCACUUUGCAAUGUACAUGCAAGAAACAUUACGGUACACAGAUACGAUGGGACGGCUUUUUCGAAUCUCUUUGAUUAUAACCAUCAUGAUAAUGUCAUAUGUGCCGUACGUAGCGACCCUCCUGACGCAUAAAAGAGUAAACAAUGCAUACAAAGAACACAUAGAAAGGAAGAAGUCGAUGGUGAGCAAGAAGGAUGCUGAAAGUCAGAAGUCGACGGUGAGCAAGAAAUAUGCUGAAAGUCAGACUUCAACGGUGAGCUUGAAAGAUGCUGAAAGUCAACAGUUGACGGUAAGCAAGAAAGAUGUUGAAAGUCAGACGUCGACGGUGGGCAAGAAAGAUGCUGAAAGUCCUACAGCAGACCACGCACAUUCUGGUAAUCACAACAAUUUGACCGACAACAUAUACAAGGAAUAUGACAUAAUUGAGCACUCAGAAGAGCUUGCAAUUAAGAACCAAGACGGAAAAUCAUUUUUUCAUAGUCCGCAAUCAUACUUCAGUAACGCUAUGUUUAUUCUAACUGCUGCUAUUAAUAUUAUAGAAGUCAUCAUAAACUAUACAGUUCGUAAUUGAUUUGUCAAGUUAUUGCAAUACGUUUUUAGAAUGAUAUGUCACAAAAAUUAGAAAUACAUUUCGUGUUACGAUAUAA